CGCGGGCACGAGCACGCAGGUCGCGCGAUGCUCUGCUCGGAUCCCCGCGCUGCGGCUGCUUGCAGAGAGCGUGCCGACCCUCCACCUCGGCGGCGGAUUUACGUACCUUCGCGCGGACUCGGAGUAGCACUCACGUGUGGGCACUGCCCAUCGGUGUCCAGCAGGCACCCCGGCGCUCAGCAGUGGCCCCCGAGCUUCCCUCCACCACGCUCUGCCAGCGUCUGCGGAGUGCCAGAUUUGCAGGCCGGCCCACUCUGCACAAAAGCCCCAGAGGGCCUCCGCCCCCUUCUUCCGUUCCUAAGAUGCCAAAUCCGAGCCCUUACUCUGUUGGCAGUGUCUCUCCCGAAGACCCAGCUUCCUUUUACUCCUGUUGGCUGCUCUUCCUGGCCCAGGAGGCCAGUUUCUUCUACUGACCCAGAAAGAAAGCUCUUGAUUCAUGUCCUCCUUUCAAGCUUCAGAGCGCCCAACAAAAUAAGUUGAGUGAGCGUGUGGCCUAAAGAUGUUGCACUUACGGGCCUUGUCUCCCUUUCUGAUUUCAGGUUUCCGGAGCAGACCUAGAGCUUCACCAAGAAAAUUCAACUGGGAAACCAAGACUGAUAGACUCUCAUUUCUUCAGACAAUAGGCAGGAGCCACAGACCUCGGAUUUUUGCAACACCUGUUUUCCCUUUGGAGGACGCUAAAUUCUUUGAGAGGACAAAGGCAGUUCAUUAUGGCAACUGAACUGAAAGAACAGGAAGGAGCCAUUACUGUGAUUUGGUGACAGUUCUUCAAACUACCGUGUCUUAAGGAAAGCUGGAUAAAGAACUUCUGAACUUUUGGGUUCAUUAAGUGAAAAAUCAGCAUGGCUCAGGCAAGUCUUCUGGCUUGUGAAGGCCUAGCGGGUGUGAGUUUGGUUCCCACUGCAGCCAGCAAGAAGAUGAUGCUAAGCCAGAUUGCCAGCAAGCAGGCCGAAAAUGGCGAGCGGGCAGGUAGCCCUGAUGUGCUGAGGUGCUCGAGUCAGGGCCACCGAAAAGACGCUGAUAAAUCCCGGAGCCGCAAAGACGAUGACAGCUUGGCCGAGUCCUCCCAUUCAAAAAAGACUGUUAAAAAGGUGGUGGUAGUGGAACAAAAUGGCUCUUUCCAAGUAAAGAUCCCAAAAAAUUUUAUUUGUGAGCACUGCUUUGGAGCUUUCAGAAGCAGUUACCACCUCAAGAGGCACAUCCUGAUCCACACUGGUGAGAAACCAUUUGAAUGUGAUGUGUGUGAUAUGCGUUUCAUCCAGAAGUACCAUCUUGAACGCCACAAGCGUGUGCAUAGUGGUGAGAAGCCUUACCAGUGUGAACGAUGUCAUCAGUGUUUUUCUCGGACAGACCGACUACUCAGACACAAGCGGAUGUGCCAAGGAUGCCAGUCCAAGACGUCUGAUGGGCAGUUUUCUUUAUAGGCACGGGGGCCCACCGAAGAGCACACUCCUCUGCUCUGAGGACCCCACCACCACUCCCUCUGAACCUGUCCCCCUUCCUAGAGGAGUGGCCCCAGGUGAACAGACGAGACCAUCGGAGGACAGCGGCUCCAGAGCCUCAGCUCUGUAAAUAGUCUGAGACUGCGCGACUCUCGGGAGUUUCUGCAGCAUCCUGGGCAGGCGAGCUGGUCCCUGGACCCUACCUGAGGUCGCAGUGGGGAUUGAAAGGUACAGGACCAAGACUAAAAUGUUCCCACAAUCUUGGACUGGAACUGGCAGCUGAAAUGAAAAGGACUGAGGAGGGGAAUUUGUUUGUUCUGCUCUUGUUUUUGUUUAUCCAAAAGUGAUUACAGCAGGUAAACAGGGGACACAGGUAAUUUGGAAAUGCAAAGUAAGGCCUGUGGCUGGCCCAGCCGUUUUUUGUUACCAUAGGCCUUUGGUGUUCCACAGCCCUGCAUCUUACUUCCUGUGUGAAAGAAAAUAGGACCAGAACUGGCAGCUAAGCUUACUUGGACUUGAUAUACACUGUGCGGACAGAAGGAAAGGCUGGAGGAGCAGUGUGAGCUGACAAGAAGAGUGGGCAUCCCUUUUUCUCUCCUCAUAAGAGCAGUGUUGUGCCCGUGGCUGUUCUCAUGGUUUGCACAACGUCAGAGCCUGAUGAGGUCAGCUCAAGUGCCUUUGGAGGAAACUUGGGUGGGGUAGCCCAUGCAGCCCUUUUGUCUGGGCAGUUGAUCUUGGUUAUGGUUUGUGGCUACCUCACUGUCCUUGACUCCAAAAACCAGGCAGCAGUUGAGCAGAGUUGUGGGUAUCAAAGUGGACUGUCCCCUUGUGCCAUCUUAGAACAACUAAGGAUAGUGCAGAGUUUGCCAACACCUGUUAGAGAUGCAGACGUGAUGACCCUAAUGUGACUUGUGUGAUAGACCCUCUUCCUGCCCAAGUCCUGUGGCGAUUCAAGUAGUGGAGGUGGAAGUCUGGUCUUCAGUCCCAAAGAACAUGGACUGGGCUUCCUCCCUGAUAGGCAUCCCUACCCAAUAGGUAGAGGAUGCUGCAGAGGAAGGACCCUAAUGUCUGUUUAUUCUUGACCUUAUUCUGUUCCGAACCCCAUCUUGUCUACCCCUGAGAAAGUGAUGAGGUGCGUGUCUUUGUCUGAUUUGUGGGUUCUUGGUGUAUUUGCUUGGAAGGGAUGAAAAUUAUUAUUGAGCCAAAUGUAUUCGGCCACCAACUUAGAGGACAGAAAGCCUAGAGCAGCCUCCCUGCCCAGACCUGAAGGGUGCCUGCCUCCCAGAGGUUGCUGAGAAGGGAACCGAGGGGGUUUGUUCCAGAAGGAUUUUUUUGGGUUUUUGUUGUUGUUUUUAGACUGAUUCUACAGUACUGCUUAGAGUGUUUCUAAGCCAGGGCUUAUGGAUGCGUAUCUUCUAAAGUGAAAUAACGCCCUUCCUGUUUAAGAAAGGAUCCUUAGGGAGGUUUUGGAAUUCCAUUGAGCACUGCCCCACACCAGGGGACCUACUUCAGGUGUAAUCAUGGAGAUUGACCUGAGCACACAUAGCUGUAGCUGUGGGUAGGAGUCUGAGAUGGCAGCCCAGCCUCCAAUAAGUUCUUGCCUAGCAAAGAGGGCCAGGCAGCAACUUUAGGCUAUGGCCUCUCUCUUCCAGAGUGUUGAGGGACGGGACGUCAUACCUCUUGGGUUGAAGUACUUCAGGGAAAAAGAGGGGAGAUGUUUCAACCUUCAGCUUGACUCUGACGCACCUGAGAGCCUUGGUGAGGUCAGAAAUGUUCACUGCCAUGUGUUCUGGCGUCAUGCUGUCCCUACUGUUUGACAUGCUCUAGAACCUGUGACCCCGGGGCAUCUUUGCGCAUCUAAGGCAGACUUUCAUGUUAGAGGGUUCUGCUGGGCUGGGAUUUUUCUGUCAUUGAACUCUGGGAAAGGAUACACUGAGAAAGAAAUCCUCCCAAAAAUGCUUCUGGAAAUGGGAUCCUUCCCUGCUUCUGGAUGAUGAUCUGUGGGAGAGGUAGAAGACUGACCCAGGCUUCUCCGUGUAUGGAUGUAUGUACUGGGUCAGAGCAGGCCCUGCAGGCCAUGACUUCCUGCCUGAGUGGAAGCUGUGAAGGACAGAACUUCAGGAUGUGUGUACAGAUGGCCCAGCCAGAACCACACUGCCAAGGCCUGGGUGUGAGAAGCCCAGAGGCUGGCAGUGGUUGAGGACAGACAGGCUCUGGGGUGAAGAGUAAUAGGACACCCAAGGGCCCAGGAACCACAGAGGCUCCUGGGGUGUUGUGUUAGCACUGGACAGAUGUCUCAGGUGUGUGUAGAAAGGGGAAUGAAGAGCGGGCAGGUGCCCAGAGAUCCAGAUGUGAAUGUGGGGUUGCGUGGGGAGAGUAACUCCAGUCCCCGGGUGGCUCCUGUGCAGCCCUGCCGUCUGCCCUUGCUGGUCCCUGUCCUUUCCGUCCUUCACUCAGCUACUGAUUGUGCUCCAUGGCUUGACAUGGAGGAUUAGAUGGGUGGAGUCCCACCACAGCUCGGCCCUCUCCCAGGUUCCUUCCGCCCCUGCUGUGGACCUGGGCUUUUAUCUUCAAUUCCCCUCCUACCAUGCUCCACUUUUUUUUUUAAAUAUACUUAUUUUGCUAUGGGGGAGGGGACUAUCAAAUGAACAAGAUCACUUUUAAAUGGUAGUUUUUAUAAGAUGUUAUAAACUUGUAUCUUUUUACCAUUAAAGUGCAGUGUAUGUUCCUUCGUGAUCUAUUUAGGAUAUUUAAAUAAAAAGAAUGGCGCUUUUUUA